AUGUGUAUAGUCAGUGCGUCCGUCGUAGGUAGCCAUUGAUUAGCUAUUCAGACGUCUUUACUGCCAGGACACAACCUGACAAGCCCUACCUGGCCCCAACACAACCUGACAAGCCCUACCUGGCCCCAACACAACCUGACAAGCCCUACCUGGCCCCAACACAACCUGACAAGCCCUACCUGGCCCCAACACAACCUGACAAGCCCUACCUGGCCCCAACACAACCUGACAAGCCCUACCUGGCCCCAACACAACAUGACAAGCCCUACCUGGUCCCAACACAACCUGACAAGCCCUACCUGGCCCAACACAACCUGACAAGCCCUACCUGGCCCCAACACAACCUGACAAGCACCACCUGGUCCCAACACAACCUGACAAGCCCUACCUGGCCCCAACACAACCUGACAAGCCCUACCUGGCCCCAACACAACCUGACAAGCCCUACCUGGCCCCAACACAACCUGACAAGCCCUACCUGGCCCCAACACAACAUGACAAGCCCUACCUGGCCCCAACACAACAUGACAAGCCCUACCUGGUCCCAACACAACCUGACAAGCCCUACCUGGUCCAACAGAAUGUGACAAGCCCUACCUGGCCCCAUCCCAACCUGACAAGCCAUACCCGGCCCCAACACAACCUGACAAGCCCUACCCGGCCCCAACACAACCUGACAAGCCCUACCUGGCCCCAUCCCAACCUGACAAGCCCUACCUGGCCCCAUCCCAACCUGACAAGCCCUACCUGGCCCCAACACAAGCUGACAAGCCCUACCUGGCCCCAACACAACCUGACAAGCCCUACCUGGCCCCAUCCCAACCUGACAAGCCCUACCUGGCCCCAACACAAGCUGACAAGCCCUACCUGGCCCCAACACAACCGGACAAGCCCUACCUGGCCCCAACACAACCUGACAAGCCCUACCUGGCCCCAUCCCAACCUGACAAGCCCUACCUGGCCCCAUCACAACCUGACAAGCCCUACCUGACCCCAUCCCAACCUGACAAGCCCUACCUGGCCCCAUCCCAACCGGACAAGCCCUACCUGGCCCCAUCCCAACCAGACAAGCCCUACCUGGCCCCAUCCCAACCUGACAAGCCCUACCUGGCCCCAUCCCAACCUGACAAGCCCUACCUGGCCCCAUCCCAAGCAGACAAGCCCUACCUGGCCCCAUCCCAACCUGACAAACUCUACCUGGCCCCAUCCCAACCUGACAAGCCCUACCUGGCCCAACACAAACUCCAUUGA